CACCUCUUCACCUUUCUCUGGAACCUGUCUGCUGGUCCUUCCCUAAUUUGAAGACCAUUUAUUUGGUUCAUCUGCAAGACAUUCUCCUGUUUGUUUCUUUGAAGAAGCUGAGAGAAACUUCUGAGACAGAUGGCCCACUCUCCGGAAGAUGCUCCCCUGGCAACAGAGAGCCUGGCAGGCAGUGAAGAGGCCCUUGUUCUCCGCACCGGACACGGAGGGGGUUCCAACAGUCGUGCCCUGAAGAUAGCAGGCCUGACAACCCUGGCAUGUCUGCUGCUGGCCAGCCAGGUCUUCACUGCCUACAUGGUGUUCGGCCAGAAGCAGCAGAUCAGUGCACUGCAGACGAACUCGGAGAGAAUGGGCAGACAGCUGACCCGCUCAUCCCAGGCCGUGGCUCCAAUGAGGAUGCACAUGCCCAUGAGCAGCCUUCCCCUGCUGAAGGACUUCUCUUCUGAUGACUCCAAGACACCAAUGGCUAAACUGCAGGACACUGUUGUCAGUGUGGAGAAGCAGGUGAAGGAGCUCAUGCAGGAGUCCCAGCUGCCGCAGUUCAACAAGACCUUCCUGGCCAACCUGCAGAGCCUGAAGCAUCAGAUGAAUGAGACUGAGUGGCAGAGCUUUGAGUCCUGGAUGCGUUACUGGCUGAUCUUCCAGAUGGCCCAGCAGCAGCCUGCAAGCCCAACAGCUGAACCAGCCCUUUUGAUCAAGACCAAAUGCCAGAUGGAGGCAGCACCUGGACGCAGCCGCAUCGGGUCCUACAAGCCCCAGUGUGACGAGCAGGGCCGCUACUUGCCCAUGCAGUGCUGGCACGCCACUGGCUACUGCUGGUGUGUGGACGAGAGCGGCACAACCGUCGAGGGCACCACCAUGCGCGGCAGACCCGACUGUCAGAGAGGCUUUGCUCCCAGUCGUAUGAUGUCUGCAUCCAGUCUGAUGCAGAAGACCAUCAGCACUGUUGAUGAUGAACAGUGAAUAAAUGAAGAAGAGUAAUGGGUGUUUCUUUUCAUCAAACAAUCUUCGCAGACAUGAGAAAUCAAUGAUUUUCAGAUGGAGUGUGUUGCAAUUGUUAAUCUCUUGAUUUUAACUAUUUUGCUGGCUGCUUGAAAUCACAUCAAUAGAGAUCUGUUACAGGUUAUUGCUUUAAUAGUUUCUAUUUUUCUCUUUUAUACCAGAAUAAUUUUGGGGUGACUUUUUAACCUAGAUGACUAUUUCAUCUACAGUAUAUUAAAAUAUUUGUGUUGAAUGUGCUUAUAUCCGAAGAAUGCUUAAUGGGUUGGUUCACCCAAAUUACAUAUGUUCUCCCUUACCUCAACUGGUAUCAAGACAUGGAUGUGGUUCAGGUUUUUUUCCUUAAGAUACAAUUUCUGAAAUGUCUGCCUCCACCCCAUUGCAAUGGACGUGUUUAUUGUGCAUCCAGCAUUGACAGAUUACAUUUUAAAAUGAAAUAGAAUUCUGAAUAAUCCACAGACCACACUGGGUCCAGUGGUAGACAGUUUUUCCUAUAAGGACUGAAAAAAAUAAAUAAAUAAAACCCAGCCAAAAAAA